AUGAAGAAAAUCAUUCUUGUUGCCUUGUUUUUGAUUGUCGGUUUGUUGUUCCUAGCAAACCAAUCACCAUCGGAAGCAAGAGUUGUUCCUGGUGGGAAAUCGUUGGAAAGAAACAAACAAACCAUCAAGGCUUUGGGUGAAUUCUUGAAUUCAAAAUUGAGUACUACUGAUUAUGCUUCGUACAGCGUUGAAAAAGUGAUCGCAGUGGAGAGACAGGUGGUUGCCGGAGUUAAUUAUUUUGUUCGUGCUAAAAUUCAAGCUCACGGAUCUCAACAUGCAAAGAUUAUUGAAGCAAAGAUUUUCGAGCCAUUACCAUACAUGAUCAAACAAGGAGCUGAGCCAUACAAAUUGGUCUCUGUUUCUGAACGAAGAUAA